CCUCGGAGGGGCUACUCCCGCUAAUUUGCCCCGCGUCGUUGUAUUAAAAUAGAGGGCUUAAAUCACAAUCCCGGAUCUUCUUCUUCUUCUUCUUCUUCUUCUUCUCCUUCUCCUUCCUCGCUUCCUAAAUCCUCCGCUCCAGAGGAGGCAUCUCCAAUGGCGAUCCGAGAGGAACCCGUGGUGCUCAUAACAGGGUGCUCCGAGGGGGGGAUUGGCUACGCCCUCGCGCGCGCGUUCGCGGCGGCGGGGUGCGCCGUGGUGGCGACGGCCCGAUCCCGGGGCUCCAUGCGCAGCCUCGAGGGCGAUUCCCGCUUCCUCCUUCUCGAGCUCGACGUGCUCUCCGACGAGAGCGUGCGAGGGGCCGUGGACGCCGCGCUCGAUCGGUUCGGCCGCGUCGACGUGCUCGUCAACAACGCCGGGGUUCACUUGGUCGCCCCCCUCGCCGAGGUCCCCAUGGCCUCCUUCGACCACGUGUUCAAAACCAACGUAUAUGGUCCCAUGAAGUUAAUUCAAGCUGUUGUUCCCCACAUGAUUGUGAGAAGAAAGGGUAAGAUUGUGAAUGUGGGAAGCAUCAGUGCGUUGGCCCCUGGACCGUGGGCAGGUGUUUACUCGGCAUCCAAAGCUGCUGUUCAUGCUUUAACUGAUACUUUGAGAUUGGAGCUCCGGAGUUUUGGAAUUAGCGUUAUAAAUGUCGCUCCUGGUGCUAUUAAAUCACACUUAGGAAAUGCCUCCCUAGCCAACUAUAGCAAGAUGCCCGAGUGGAAGUUCUACAAGCCAUUCGAGGCCGCUAUCAGAUCGAGGGCCGAUCUCUCUCAGGGCCCCAAGUCUACUCCAGCCGAAGAGUUCGCAAAGAAGACCGUUGCCUUAGUUCUCAAGGAGAACCCGCCCGCUUGGUUCUCUUACGGACAUCUAUCAAAUGUUCUCGCCAUUCUCUACUAUCUUCCAAUCUCGAUAAGAGAUUACUUCUAUCGGCGAGUCUUGAAAUGUUGAAGAGAAUAUUCAUUUUUGUAAAAUUCAACUGCAGUUAAUAAUGUGUUACUUGUGGACAAUGACUCACUAGCUUUUGAGCUACUGUUUAAUGAUCAACUACUUUUAGAGAAACUAUUUCAAGUUA